UCUGGUAACUCAUCGGCGUUUCGCGGCAAAAAUGGGUCUCUUUGCACUUAUAAUCUUCUGAAUUUCGCGGUCUUUUAGGGGGCGAGAACAAUAUAGUAUCGACCUGUACGGCGAUGUCUCUUCUCUUUCCUUCUUCAGGUAUUGCCUCUCUUUCGGGCGGCUUCCGGCAUGGAAUUUCGGCCAAGCUUUACCCUAAAACAAACCCUAGAAUCAGUGGAAACUUCAGUGGCUUGAGUAACAAAGGAAAGGUCGGAAUCAGGUUUAGCGGAGUUAGAGUUGGGGUUUGUUCGGGUACCAAGGAUGGUGAGGUUCUGGAGGAGGAUUUAGGUUUUGAAAACAACGGAAGUAUAUCUUGGCAAUUCUCAGCUCCAGUAACGAAGCGGAACAGAGAGGCGGAGGAGAAGCAGGAUUAUUAUGUCAAUUUGGGAUAUGCUAUUCGGACUUUAAGAGAGGAUUUGCGAGAGAUCUUCUACCGGGAACUUUGUUUCGAUAUUUACAGGGAUGAUAUCGUCUUUAAGGAUCCUCUCAACACUUUUGUUGGCAAAGAGAAUUACAAAUCAAUCUUCUGGGCACUACGGUUCCAUGGUAAACUAUUGUUUAAGGCUCUGUGGGUUGACAUCCUGAGUAUGGGGCAACCUGUUGAGAAUGUCAUUAUGGUCCGGUGGACUGUCCAUGGUAUUCCUCGCAUCCCCUGGGAGAGCCGUGGCCAUUUCGAUGGCACUUCUGAAUAUAAGCUUGAUAAAAAUGGGAAGAUCUAUGAGCACCGUGUGGAUAACAUCGCUUUCAACUCCCCACCAAAACUCCAAGUACUGGCAGUAGGAGACCUGAUUCAAUCCAUUGGAUGCCCCUCAACACCAAAUCCAACUUAUUUUGAGACCUCAUCCUCUUUGAUUGAAAAAUCCAUUUAAUUUCUUGUGGUGAACUACUAUCUGGCUUUUGCCAUUGCUCUCACUUGGAGAUUUGAGGCAGAAUCUUGAGGAUUUGUUGACAUGCUAAACAAAUUUUGGUAUAGGUUUUAUUGUAAUAUGGUACAGAAAAUAUUUCUCUUCUCCAGAGCUAGUCUUCCAAAUCAUUUUGGACACAGUUUGACAUAUAUUGUAGUGUGGAGUAUGACUUCAGUGACAUCUCAAGAACCGACCGGAACUGGGUCGAAGCAUCCAGGCUGCACCAUCGGCAUGGAUCUCAGAAACAUUGUACUGUAUAUACUUUAUACUAUUCUGUAUUAAAGUUCAGUAUAUAGUAAAUGGAAUAUUGGAUCCUUAUAACA